AGGAGCUGCCUGCAGAGUCACUGGGUCCCUGCUCACCCCUCUUUGGUGAUGCUCCUUAGAGGCAGCCUAGCCUGAAAUCCAAAUGUAGCUGAUGAAAUCAUAAUCCCGAUUAGCAAAUUCCGUCUCUUUUUGGCCUAAUGACUGCUGUUAUAAGAUGGCUGCCAAAAAGGAAAGGAAUAACUGCCUUGGCAUUUUGGGUAAUUAAUGAGCUUACUGAGCAGCGGGGAGCUGUAGUUGGAGGUGGGGAGAGUUUCCAAGCCUAAGGACAGUGAUGCCUUGGCACACGCCAAGAAACACAUUUGUGAGAGAGGAGGAGGGAGCAGCCGACCACUGAAAGUCCCUGCCUGAAUAAUUUGCCAAGUAUUCUACGUGUGUUAGGAAAAGCAGUGCCAGUACAGCGGGGAAUUCCAGCAGCCAUCCCACUCCGCUGCAGUCACUAUUCCCUCCCCUCUCCCUCUUUCCUCCGCCUCCUGUCCUGGACACGUGUGAGGGAUGAAUAACAACUAAAGCUCUGUCGCGGGGCUUCAUAAUCCUGGAAUGAGUGGCCGCAUCUGUGUUGCUCCGGAGGAUGCCAUAAGCAGCCGGCAGUGGGAAAUAGUGCCCGUAAUCCCUCCGUGCCUGCCGUUCCUUCUGCCCACCACGGGAACAUGAAGGCUGCGUGUGUCCAGCUGCUGCUGUGGGCUCUGUGCCUGGUGACCCCGGCUGGAGGGCAACCCAAAGCACCUUUGAAGUGUCCAGUGAAGUGCAGUUUUACAAGGCCGUUAUCAGAGAAGCAGAUCAGGGGCUAUCGCUUGAUCACCGGGCCCAGCUGCAAAAACAUCAUCAUACUUAUUACUGUGAAGUCCAGGGAGAUUUGUGCAAAUUCAAGUGAAGAAUGGGUGCAGAAGAUCAAAGACAAACUGGAUGGGAAAAAGGCCACAGUGAUGCCACCACGUGCUGUCACCUCAGCAGAAGGGCCUGGUAGUGUUGAGAAACAUGUUGGUCUUCCAGAAAUGGCUCCAUCUCAAACCACUCCUCCAGCUAGUUUCCUCCAAGGGACUGGAACAACAGUCAGGGAGAGAAUACAAGUUCCUGCUGCCAGGACAGAGGUGUCCAGCAAGCCCCCAGUGGGCAGGCAGGACCCCACCCAGCUCCCUGCAGGAUGCAGCCCUGUGGUACAGGAGGAGGCUGCACACUCUGAGGUCACUCCAGAAUCAGAGAGAGAGUCCUCAAAUUCUCCUGCAUCCUCAGCAGCUGUUGCAGCAGGAAUGGGCUCCAGCCAGCCCACCCCACACCCCACUGUUCAAGAUACGGACUCACAUUCAGAUCUGAUGCCUGCUGCUAAAGGAUCAAACCAACCUCUGCUUUCUCCAGAUGGAUCCCUGGACCCUACAAGUACCAGAGCCAGCACACCAGACACUGCUUCCAGCAGCUCUAGCUCAGAUCUCCCCUCCAUCUGGGACUGUAUGAAGGGCACAACAGUCACAGACACAGCACCACAGACUUCUUCAGUUCCUACUCUAAGCUCCACUUCUGCCAUAGACAAAGCUGCUUCUUCCCAUACCAGCAGGGGUGUUGAUACUACAACAUUUGAUCAUUCAUCACCUGUAGGGGAGCAAGAGCCUUCAGACACAGUAGUUUUUACUCACAAGGCAUUCUCAGGCGAAGCCAGAGUGCAGAUGAUCACAGUCAGGCCAAAAAAUCUGCCUCUGCCCAGCUUCUUGUCCAAGUCUCAAAUGCACUUCGUCAUCCCAGUUUCUGUGGUGUGUGGACUGAUGGCCAGCAGUGUUGUUCUUGUAUGGGUGUAUCUGAAAUUUGGAGUCAAACCAGAAGAAACUUCAAGAGAAAUGGUACAGGGCUUGCUCUACCAGCAGGCAGGACAUCAAGACAAUGUCUAUCCAAUGGAGAUGGCUUGAGCAUGUCCAUGGGAGCUGGAUCACUCUCCAGGCCCUUCAGCAGGAGUGGACACUUGUCUGCUGCAGGUGAAGUGCUUGUUUUGGAGCUGGGGAGAUGGAUGUGCACCAUCAGGUCACCUGGAUCCCACCAGCCUUUGAAAGGACACUGCUUCCAGCUCCACCACCAGCUCCCAGCUGUGACCCCUCUGGAGCUCAUCAGGAGGAGCUGCUUCUGCAGGCUGGCCCUGUCCUCGUGCUGUCCCUGCAGGCAGGGUGCUGGCACUCACAGGGGACAGGUGAAACCCAGGACAGGGGACACUGCUCCUCUCUGCAAUGGGCAGCCUGGGAGGGAGGGAGGGAGGGAGGGAGGGAGGAUGGAGCCUGUGGGUGUCACCCAUUUCUGGGGGUUAAAAUACCCCUUGCUGUAGAGCACAGUGACUGUUACAAGCUCCAGCUCAUUUGUAUAUUGAGUGUAUGCAUGAGAUAUGAGCUGUACAUUUUUAUAGAAGUAAAAGUAAUAAAGUCCUUAUGUUAAAAACUUUCAUCCUCAGGGGAUUGAGCCUUGAGCUGUUUUACCAAGCCUGGUCUCUGCAGAGAUGAACACCUAUGACUGAGCACUGUGGAAAGCAUCCCAGCAUCGCCAGGAGAUGGCACAGCUGGAUGUGGCCAGGCUAUUGCUCCAUCUCCUUUAAGGGUUUUGAUCUUGCAGAUGUUUGCAGGAAAUAUGUUUCCUCACAGGGA